UUAUUUUCGGCAGUGGCACACAUCAUUGGGGGGGGAGGAAAGGAGCUCAUUGCUAUGGCAACCACCACCACCCCCAAGCCCAAAAGCCAGUGAAAAGUAAAAGAAGGCGUGGAAAAACGUAGAGACAGAAGGGAAAAGAAGCGUUUGGGGUGUGGGAGGGGGAGGAGGCAGACCGGGUUUUCUUGCUUUUCCUCCAGGUUUAGUCUGACCAAACCUGGGGGACCCUCCGCUGAGGUUAAGGAAUCUUAAUUGAGGAAUGGGGGAAUCUCUUCAGACCACCUUAAAAAGGAAAGAGGAAAAAAAGGGUGGGGGCCUGAGGUGAUGAGCGGGGGGAGGGAAAAAUUAAAACCCCGAGCCCGCCCCCCUCCCCGCCGCAGAGCCAGCCUCCGAUUCACUUCCUGAGUUUCAAGCCUUGUCUUCCCUCCUGCCUUACAACAUGGCCGGCCGAAACGCUAAGGAGACCCGGGGGCCCAGGGCCCCAAGCCUCGUAGCCGUGGCAGUGGCGAUGGCGAUGGCGGGACGCCCUCCAGUAGCAGCGGGGCUGGAGGAGCCGAGCCGGGUUCGAGCCAUGACGUCCAACAACUGGACUCUGGUGCUGGAGGGGGAGUGGAUGCUGAAAUUUUAUGCCCCAUGGUGUCCAGCCUGCCUGCAGACUGAGUCAGAAUGGGAGACUUUUGCCAAAAAUGGUGAAAUACUUGACGUUAGUGUGGGAAAAGUGGAUGUCACUCAAGAACCAGGUUUGAGUGGCCGAUUCUUUGUCACUACACUUCCAACUAUUUUCCAUGCAAAAGAUGGAAUAUUUCGCCGAUACCGUGGUCCAGGGAUCUCCAAAGAUCUUCAGGAUUAUAUCUUAGAGAAGAAGUGGAAAGCAGUUGAGCCCGUGGCUGGCUGGAAAUCUCCAUCUUCUAUAACAAUGUCUGGAAUGGCUGGACUUUUUAGCUUAUCAGGCUGGAUACGGCAACUUCACAGCUAUUUCACAGGGACUCUUGGAAUUCCAGUUUGGGGUUCAUACUUCAUCUUUGUUUUAGCCACACUGAUAAUUGGCCUUGUCCUUGGUCUGAUGUUGGUUUUACUUGCAGAUUGCCUUUGUCCACCUAAACCAAAAGAAGGAAAAGAUCAGUUUGAUGAGCCAAUUGAAAAGGAAAAGGCAGCUCCUGCAGUUGAAGAUCUAGGAAAUUCAGAAGAAAGGAAAGAACUUUCAGAUGAAGAUGAGAAAGAAGACCUUUCAGAGGGAGAAGAAAAGGAAGACUUUUCAGAAAAGGAAGAGGAAAAAAGUAAUUCAAAUGAUGAGACUACAGAAGAGGAGGACUCUGCAGCUGAUGAAGCACCAAACGCCGAAGACGUUGGAGGGAAUACCGAAGAGCAACAGUUAAUUGACAAAGAGGCUGGAAGUUCAGUGAGGCAGCGCAAAAGUCAUGGUGCUGAUGACUAAAUAGUCGUUUUUUGUAAAGAUAUUUCCAGCAAACUGGACCAAAGAAAUGUGUCAAUUGCUCUUCUGGUCUGCAGUGGAAGCCAAAUUCUU